AAAUUCUAUCAAAAUUUCGGGAUAUUUCGAUUAUAACAAAAUCCUGACUCGUCGCUCUGUUCUGUGUUCUUGAUCAAACUCCAAUUCCUUUCCCUUGGCGCCCUUUCUCUAACCCUAAUCAAUGGAUGGGAUUGGACACUCUGCACCUGCAACUGCAACUGAAGGGAGAGGGGGCUUUGGGAAAAUGCAUUACGGAUGCCGGCACUAUAAGAGACGAUGCAGAAUUCGUGCCCCAUGCUGCAAUCAGAUCUUCCAUUGUCGUCACUGCCACAACGAUGCCAUGAGUUCAUCUAGCGACCCUAAGGAUCAUCAUGAACUAGUAAGAUCCGAUGUUAAGCAGGUUAUAUGUUCUGUAUGCGAUACUGAACAAGAGGUGGCCAAGGUGUGUUCUAAUUGUUGUGUCAACAUGGGAGAAUACUAUUGCGAGAUUUGCAAAUUCUAUGAUGAUGAUACGGAUAAAGGACAAUUCCAUUGUGAUGAAUGUGGGAUUUGCAGGGUUGGUGGUCGUCAUAACUUCUUUCACUGUAAUAAAUGUGGAUCCUGCUAUUCAGUGGUCUUGCAAAACAAUCACUUAUGCGUAGAGAACUCAAUGAAGAGCUCCUGCCCGGUCUGUUUUGAGUACCUAUUUGAUUCAACAAAAAGCACCACAAUUAUGAGGUGCGGACACACAAUGCAUACUGAAUGCUUUACAGAAAUGGUAACUCAAAAUCAGUAUCGGUGUCCUAUCUGCUUGAAGACAAUAGCUGAUAUGUCUCAGACCUGGGCACUUCUUGAUUGGGAGGUUGGAGCUAUUCCCAUGCCUAAUGAGUAUCAUUAUGAGGUUCCAAUUCUGUGCAAUGAUUGUAACUCUACCAGCUCGAUUUCCUUUCACAUAUCUGGUCUCAAGUGCAGACAAUGCGGUUCGUAUAACACCCGUAGGGUUUCGACACCCGAACAAUGAAGGUGUUGCUGAAACCCAAUUACAAAAUCAUCCCCAGAUACCUAUUUGAAUUAUUUUCCAUUGUUUUGGAAAUUUCGCUUCACCGAUUAUUUCUCAAUGUAAUUGUUUCCAAAGGAAAUGAAGCAUAUAUUGAUUUUCCUGAUAGUCUUGCUUAA